GUUGCCAUUAUUUUCUAUAGUUUCCUCAUCACUUAAGGAUGACAUGCUUAUUAAUUUGAUAAAAAACUGUAUCCAGUAAAUAUACGGAACGGUCUGUGUAAGCUCUGGAGUGCAACUGUCAGUGAUGCUGAGUGAACGAACUCACACCUCAACUACAAGCUGGAACAAAUACAAAUACCAGUCAACAUUUUACUUCUUCUUGGAGGAUAUCCUCUUGAGAAUAAGGCAAUCAUUAUGGAUAUGAAAACAAGGAUAUGCUUAUACUUCUACCAUUUUCUCCGAAGCAAGACCUUAUA